ACUGUGCAAUGCACUGACUUCUGCAACGAAGUUCUCAUGCAAUGCACAGUGUUGUGCAAUGCACCGACUUUUGCAAUGAGGUACUUGUGCAAUGAAGGACCUGUGCGGUGCACGGCACUGUGCAAUGCACUGACUUUUGCAAUGAAGCACUUGUGCAAUGCAUGGUGUUGUGCAACGCGCAGACUUCUUGCAAUGAAACACUUGGGUGAUGCACGGUGUUGUGCAAUGUACUGUUUUUUGCAAUAAAGCACUUGUGCAAUGCACAGUGUUGUGCAAUGCACAGGCUUUGGCAAAGAAGCACUUGUGUGCAAUGCACAGUGAUGUGCAAUGCAUAGGUUUUUGCAGUGAAGGACUUGGGCGAUGUACAACUUAUUGCCAUGAAGGAGCUGUGUGAUGCAUGGCAUUGCGCAACACACGGGCUUUUGCAGUGAAGGAGUUGUGCAAUGCACAUUGUUGUGCAAAGCACAGCCUUCAGUGAAGCCCUUUGUACUUCACAGUGCUGCGCGACGUGUAAUGCACAGCGUUGCACAAGGCACUUGCUUUUGCAGUGAAAUUAUGCACUGUGUUGUGCAAAACACCGGCUUUAAAAUGAAGGGCGUGUGCUACUCGUGCUAUGCACAGUGUUGUGCAAUGCACGGGCUUUUCCAAUGAAGCACUUGUGCAACUCACAGCAUUGUGCAGUGCACAGGCUUUUGCGGUGAAGCAGCUGUGCAGUGCACAGCGUUGUGCGAAGCACGGGCUUCUGCAACGAAGGCCUUGUGCGGUGCACAGUGCCAUGCAAUGCACAGGGGUUUGCAAUGAAGGAAUUGUGCAAUGGACAUCGUCGUGCAAUGCACAGGCUUUUGCAGUGAAGGCCUGGUGCGAUGCGCGCACUGUGGCAGCGAAGGAUUUGUGCCAUGCACAACUGUCGGUAACGAAAGACUUGUGCAAUGAACAGCGCUGCACAUUGCCCAGCCUUCUGCAAUGAAAACCGUGUGCGACACACGGGUUUUUGCGGCGAAGCAGUUGUGCAAUGCACGGCGUUGUGCCAUGCACGACCCGCAAUGAAGUAAACUGCGCGGUGCACAGUGCCGUGCAGUGCACAGCAUUUUGUAAAGAAGACUUGGUGCAACGUGUGGCCUUUUGCAACAGAGGGCUUUGUGUGACGCCCAGCGCUGUGCCAUGCACAAUCUCGUGCAAAGAAGGCCUUCCGUGGUGCAGUUUCUUGCAUUGACGGACCUGUGUGGUGUGUGGGGUUGUGUGAUGCACAGCCUUGUGCUGUGAAGCACUCGUGCAAUGCACGGCCUUUUGCAGUGAAGUAGCUGUGCAGUGCUCCGCGUUGUGCAAUGCACUGUUGUUUUGCAAUGACUACCUUGUGGAAUGCACAGGUUUCUUGCAACGAAGGGCUUGUGCGAUGCACAGUGUUAUGCAGUGCAUGGCCUUUUGCAGUGAAAGACUUGUGCAACGCCUGGCGGUGCGCGGCUCAUGGCCUUUUGCAUCGAAGGACUCGUGCAAUGCUCGGGGCUGUGCAGUGCACGGCUUAUGGCAAUGAAAGGACUUGUGCAAUGCACGGUGUCCUUCAACGGUGGCCUCGUGCAAUCCACAGGGUUGUGCAACGCACAGGGUUCAGCAAUGAACUGCUUGUGUGGUGCACAACCUUCUGCAUUGGAGGUGCAGUGCACAGUGUUGUGCAGUGGUAGCCUCAUGCAAUGCACAGCCUCGUGCGAUGCGCAGCCUUGUGCAGUGCACGGCCUCGUGCAAUGCGCAGCCUCGUGCGAUGCCUUUUGCAACUGACCACUUUCAUGAUGCACAGAAUCGUGCAAUGCACGGUGCUGUGCAGUGCACGGUGCUCUGCAACAAGGGCGUCAUGCAGUGCACAACACUGUGCCGUGCACAGAAGCCUGGUGCGAUGCACGGCUCUGUGCAAUGCACAACUUUGUGUGUGCUGUGGAGCCCUUGUGCAACGCACGACACUGUGCAAUGUGUGGCCUCAUGCAGCGUGUGGCCUCGUGCGAUGCACAACCUCAUGCAAUACAACCCCCCUCCCCGUGCCAAGCACAGCCUCGUGCAACACAUGGCCUUGUGCAAAGCACGGCCUUGUGCCACCCAGCCCCUCGUGCAAUGCCUGGCCUCGUGCAACGGCGGCCUCGUGCAAUGCACAGCAUUGUGCAAUGGCUGCCACGGGCGAUGCUCAGCCCUCGUGCAACGUGCGGCCUCGUGCCCCCCUCGUGAGCACCUCCAAGGAGGAUGUGCAAGGGACGCAGAAGGGAGGGCCCGGACAAGGGGGGGCCUUGUGCAACACGGGGCCUCGUGCAACGCGGCGGCCUCGUGCAACGUGGAGCCUCGUGCAACGUGGGGCCUCGUGCAACGUGGGGCCUCAUGCAACGUGGGGCCUCGUGCAGUGGUUGUGCAGCUGCAAACCCCUCCAGAGUGCCCCAAGGCCGUGCGAGAGACACAGACGCGGCGGCCUUGUGCAACACGUGGCCUCGUGCAACACGGGCUCUCGUGCAAUGGACUUGUGCAACGCGUGGCUGCGUGCAACGGCCUCGUGCAACGGCCUCGUGCAACACGGGGCCUCGUGCAGCGGCCUCCCGCCAUGGACUUAUGCACUGGCCUUGUGCAACGCAGGGCCUCGUGCAAAGGCCUCGUGCAACGGACUCGUGCAAGGCGAGGCCUCGUGCAAGGGCCUCGUGCGACGCCCCGUGCCACAGGCGCCCCCCCCCCCCCACCCCCCCCCCCCCGCCCUCUCGCUUGCUUGCGGGCCCCACGAG